AUGAAAUCUGUCGCCCUGCUUGGCCUGGCCGCAGUGCCAUCGCUAGCACUCAAUAUCCCCACACAGCAGGUUCUCUUCCCCGACACUAAUCUGUCGGGCAGUCAUGAUAACCCUCUAUCGAAUCCAUCUACACGGGAAACCUGUCCACAGCCUCCCACAGUCAGCCUCCCCGAUGAUGGCCUGCACUCGUCGCAGAUCUUCCUCACCGACGAUGCCUUCCGUGCCCGCCAGGCAGAACGGCUCUCGCGCGCGGUGCAGGUCCCAACCACCGUAGGUGAUUAUAUGAAUGACCCAUACGAUGAGGCAUUCGAGCCUGUAGUUAAGUUCCAAUCGCUGUUGGAAGAGCUGUUUCCUAUAGUACACGACCGUGCCAAAGUUGAGCACAUUAACCGGCUCGGUCUAGUCUUCACCUUUGAAGGUGCUGACACUUCACGCAAACCGCUGCUCUUCAUGGCCCACCAGGACGUCGUCCCGAUCGACGACCCAUCAGACUGGACCCACCCGCCCUUCGCAGGUGUCUUUGAUGGCGAAUGGAUCUGGGGCCGCGGUGCAAGCGACUGCAAGAACGUUCUUAUCGGACUAUUGUCCGUGGUUGAAGACCUGCUCUCGCAGGACUGGAAGCCACAACGCACAGUGCUCUUUGCCUUCGGGUUCGACGAGGAAUCACACGGCUUCCUAGGUGCCGGAGCAAUCUCAGCAGCUCUAGAGGAGAAGUACGGCAAAGACUCUUUUGAAUUCAUCCUCGAUGAGGGUGGUAUGGGACUGCAGAGCCUAGGUGAUGAAUCUGACCCUAACGGCGAGACCUUGUAUGCUCUCCCUGCUGUCGGCGAGAAGGGUAGUAUCGACCUCGUCAUCGAUAUUGCCGUGCCUGGUGGCCACAGCUCUAUUCCGCCCGCGCACACCGGCAUCGGUAUCAUGGCGGAGAUUUUGUACGAGCUUGAGCGGAAGGAGCUGUUCCCCGCCUGGCUGGAUACCAACCACCCCGCCCACGGCAUGCUUGAGUGCCAGGCACGGUAUUCUCCGGACCACGUUGAGACUUGGCUAUCCGAGAAACUGGCAGCAGAUGAUCCUGCUGCCCUAGGCGAGGCGGUUGCCAGCUCCCGCGGUCCCGCAGUCCGCUACACACUGCAGACAUCGCAGGCCGCAGACCUGAUCCACGGCGGUGUCAAGACAAACGCACUGCCAGAGAAGAUCUCGGCGGACGUCAACUACCGCGUGGCACUGCACCAGACGCCUGAUGAGAUACGUGAGCGCGCUAUCCGGAUUAUCAGCCCUAUUGCUGAAGCUCACAACCUUACUCUACGUCUUGCCUUCCCCGGUGUAGCGGAGUCCACCGAAGGAGAUGUGAGCGAUCGUACUCUCACCCUGUCCCCUCUUAGUCUCCCUCUUUCCCCGGCUCCGAUCUCCCCGACAGAUCCGCUCACUUCGAAAGUGUGGGCACACUUUGCUGGAGUGGCUCGUAGUGUCUUUGAGUCGCACUCGAACCCGCUUUCUAAAUCUGCAUCUGGAACUAAACCGACCGUUGUUGUCACGGGAGAUGUCAUGACUGGAAACACAGACACGCGCUUCUACUGGUCUUUAUCGGAGAAUAUCUACCGUUGGAGUCCAUCGCGGGCUGGAGGAUCGCUGAAUAUUCACACUGUGGACGAGCGGAUUCGCUUGGAUGUGCACCUUGAAGCUAUAAUGCUUUACUAUGACCUCAUUCGCUCUUUCGAUGCUUGGGAUGGAAAGUCCGAGUGA